CAGAGGACGUUAGUUUCUUCGUGCAGUGGUGAGCAGCGGCACUACAGGAUGGGAAGGAGAGGAAGUUCUUCAGGAACUUUUGGCAAAGCAGCCUGGAGAGUUUCCCCCCUGCUGUGGAGGAGAAGCGCAUGCAGUCCCGUUAACGGAGGAAUAAAGGGGAACGGCAUCAAACUUGGGGAAAACGCGAUUUCCAAACGUUGUUUGCUUUCUACACCGUAACCCGAAUGGAAAAACGGGGAAAGAAGUGACGUUUCCUCCACUGCGUCCCGAGGAAAACUUCUCCAGCCGACGGGGCGAUGAGACGCGAGUGAGCGAUGAUUUGGAGAAAUGGACAGGCUGUAUUUAAGCGGAAACAUGGCGUCUGGCUCCCAAAGUUUGGAUUCUUUUCCAGACUGCUCUUUGCACUCUGUUGCCUCGAGGCGUUCACGGGCGUCACGGGCGACGGGCGAGCGUGCAGUCCGUGUCCGGGGAACUGCUCGUGCGCGUUGGUGGGACCGCAAAGCUUGUGCGUGGUCAAUUGUUCGAACAUCGGACUGGAUCAGACCCCAGCUGCGUCCGACCUACCGAGCGACACGCACACGCUAGAUCUUUCCAGAAACCACAUUCCCUCAGUGGACUCGAGUCUCUUUGAUCACCUCACUGCCCUUAAAGAACUGUAUCUUCAGAGCAAUCGUCUGUUCACUCUUCCUCGUGGGAUAUUUGGCUGUGGCCCAUUAGCUGUGCUAGAUUUGAGCAACAAUCAGAUCACCACCAUCGAGGGAAGAAUAUGUGAUCAUUUAUUUAAUUUAACUGCAAUAGAUCUGAGCUCCAACCCGUUCGCCUGUGACUGUACGCUGGUGCGGUUGGUUAGCUGGUUGCAGGAACAAGGCGUCAGAGUUAAACGACCCAACUCUAUGCUGUGUGACCGCCCACCGGAGGUGAAGAACCAACCACUGCUCAACGUCAGUGAGCACCUCUGCGGCCUGACGUACGCAGGCUGUCUGCAGGAUGAGGAGCAUGCGGGAGGCGUGGAGCUGGUCAUCUUCUCCUCCUCCACUCCUGGUCAUUUCUCACGUGAAGAGUGCAACUCGAAAUGUUUCCAUGAGAACCAGCGUUACGGCGGUCUGGGUCAGCAGAGAGAGUGUCUGUGCAGCACGAACUCGGAGCCCAACCACAUCAGCGAGUCGCAGUGCUCCGCCGCGUGCUCUGACCCGCUGGUCAUGAAGGAGUGCCGCUGGACCGUGGCGCACGACGUGUUUCAGGUGAAUUUCUCAGCCUAUUUUCCGUCUCGCCGCGUGUCCGUCCACUCUGAGGCUCUCCUACCCGUCGCCUCCUCCGUCUACCCUGUGUCUCUCUCAUGGGACUUCGGUGACCUUUCACCUCGGGUCAACACCUCUACGCUCAACACGACAGCGAGGCAUAAGUACGGCCUCCCUGGAAAGUACCAGGCCCAGGUGAGUCUGUCCGCAGGCCACCAUGAGAUCAUCGCACAGGGGAACGUGACUGUGGAACUACCCCCUCGACUGGAGCUCCACUGUCCGUCACUGAUCGUAGCCAAUGAGAGCCUGGAGGAGGCGGUGACUCUGGUGAACUGGGGCGGAGUGGGCGUAACUGUGGACUGGCAAAUCAGGAAGGAUGGGAGAGAGAUCGCAAGAGCGGAGCCGCUGUGUUUGCCAGAUGCGAUCCAUCACGCUGACUCGUCCCGCUGUUUCCUGUUGGUGGCGGAAGAAGUCAGCUGGUCAGACGCGCAGCGCAAUUGUUCCGCUCGUGGGGGAGAACUCGCUGUUGUGCAUUCCCAAACCGUACGAGACCUUCUGGCCCCUCGAAUCACACAGGAGCGUGGUGUGUGGUUGGGUUUGAGUGAUAAAUACUCUCCUCGUGUUCUGCGCUGGGUGGACCAUUCUGAGUUCCGGGCGGGUGAGGAGGGCGUUAGAGACCGGGCUCACCUGCUGCCGGGAAACUUGUGUGUGUCACUGGACAACAGAGGGCAGCCCAGCUCACACUCCUGUACCGCUAAACGGGCUUUUGUCUGCCAGUUUACUCGCCAAGUGCGUGUGCCUGAUGCAGACGUGUAUACGGUGGGCACCGCUGUGUUUAAUAUCCAGAGAUCAUUGAGCAACCCUACAGCUUCACCCACCUGUGUGCCCAACACACCGGACAAAAGUGUAGAGCUGAUGCUCUUCCCUGGUUUGAGUUUUCUUCACGCGGGGCGUCUGUCCUCUCUUGAGCUGAUCACUCAGUCUCUGAGCUCACACACACAGCUGCGCGUUCAGGUGUACCGACCACAGUGUCGGAGAUUCACACGCCCUCUGCUGCCAGGUUGCGAUGACCUCUGUGCCCCCAUCACUGUUUGCCACACCCCUGAUAACCGGAUCAAUGGCACGCUCGUUCCACCAGCAUCUGCAUUGUGCCCUGCAGGACGCCAGUUCUGCCCAUAUACUGAGGAUUGUCUGACUCUGGCCAGCCCGUGCCACCCGGGGCGCUGUGUCAACUGCUCUGGGGUUGACCCUCUGCCUGCAGGCACCCUGUACCCCAAUUACAGCCUCGUUGACGAGGUGCUGUUCACUUUACCACCUGGCCCCUCCACCCACAUCCUGGUCCAGGAGGAAAUCGAGGACCUGCUGGUUGCCCCUGGUGACUUUAUUGCCCUGCAGCACGAUGCUGGCCCGUCGGGGCUUCUCCAGUGCUCAUCAGAUCCCUCAUCGCCGUGGAAACAGGACGUGCUAAUCCAAAACCGCUCUAACUGGUGGGUUGAAAAUGAGACUUUAGAGGUGGAAGGAGAGGGAAGCUGGGAGGAGGGAUUGGUAUGCCAGCUGAGAUUGCUCUACGUUGGGCAGAACAACACCGAAAUCCACGGUCACUUUUUUCAAUCAGGGCUCCCUCAGCCUGGCAACUACAGUUUGGAAGUGACGUCCAACGAUAAAGAUUUUCCAGUAACGGCAUCCUGUCCAAUCCAUGUCGUCCCACCUUUGGGCCUCACCGUGAUCCAUCCGACCAAUCACAACGGGACGGUGUUCUUCCUGCCCAAUCAGACGGCAGUUCUCGUUAAAGUGCGCUCUCAGCACAACGUUCUAAUUGGACAGCAGGGUAGCAAUACCACCGCACCCUUUCAUAGCUCCUGUCCACAGAACUUGGUGGCUAAAGUGGCUGAAUGUAGGCAGCCCAACCCAUUCAAUGACACCAUGUUUGCGUGGGUCGACCUCCAGCUUGGGUCCACGCCACGCCAGACCAUCGUGGUGCUUCAAGCCCAGAGUGAAGUUACUGAGGCGGUGCUCAAGAUUCAGGCAAGGGUGCAAGAGCCUCUCCGAGGGCUGGUCAUCCAACCCCAUCCCGUUCACAGAGUCCUCAUGGAAUCCAUAGUGAGUUACAUUGCCUCUGUAGAGGCAGGUACAGAUCCAUCCUUCAGAUGGACAGUGGAUGAUAAACCAUAUUUCACAUACUACAACAGCAUGCUUAACAUCAUCUAUCAGAAUGCAGCUGUGUAUAAGCUCACGGUAACGGCUAUGAACCAGGUUAGCAGUUUGAUGGAGCAUUUCAACGUGACAGUGGACCGCAUGAAUCCUAUGACUGACUUUACCAUCCGUGGAGUCCCUGAAAUUGUGCGUCAAGGGUCGCCUCUCAACCUCUCUGCCUCUGUGAAGAUCGACGUGGCUGUGGACAUCACAUUUUGGUGGUUGUUUGGAGAUGGAGGGAACCACACACGUCAGUUUAAGCCUCCUUAUGAUCAACCCUCCAAUAACCAAGUGGUGAUUCAUGACAAUGAAGAAUACAUUUAUUCCCAGCCAGGGGAAUACACCCUUUUACUCUCUGCUUCCAAUCGCUACGAAAACAAGACAUGCAAGGUCGAUGUCUAUGUCUUUAGCAUUCUGACAGACGUGCAAAUCGAGACUGACCCACAACUUCUGCAUGCUGGAAAACUUGCUGAAUUUGAGGCCCACCCCUUACCAUCUCCUUAUGGUAUCAUUUACACCUGGAACUUCGGUGACAAUUCAGCUAUACGGCAGGGGCGUGAACGCAGAGUUCCUUAUGCGUAUGCUCACAGUGGCGUUUACACCAUCUGCGUGAAUGUUAACAACACAAUAAGCUGGACAGACACCUGUGCGGACAUUAUGGUUUACGAGGAUGUCAAGGGCUUGAAGGUUACGUCAUCAGCUCCCACAGAACGUAACACACCUACUGUUGUCAUAGCGAGUUUGGAAGCAGGCAACAAUGUAACGUGGAGAUUUGACAUGGGUGAUGGCACAGUACACAGAGGUGCGGAUCCCCAAGUUGAAUAUACAUAUCGAAAAGAUGGCAACUACACCAUCAAUGUCACAGCUAUGAAUGACGUGAGCUUGCAGUGGGUAACCAUACCAGUUGAGGUGUUUGUGCUACAAGUGUUAUCGCUAGAACCUGUUGGGUGCGUUCGAGAAAACAAAGAGGUCAGCUUCAAUGCAUUUGUGUCAGGGAAUGCUUCAGGACAUCAGUAUGUUUGGAGUUUUGGAGAUGGAAGCCCCAAUGAAACUCAAUAUGGAGCCCCGGCAAUUACGCACUCAUACGUUAAGAGUGGAGAGUACCACCUAUCCCUGCUCAUGUCAAGUGAAGCUAACAAGGCCAAUUUUUUCACAAGGAUUUGCGUCCAACCAGAAGUCACAACAGUGUAUGUGCUUCAUGAAAGAAAACAUGUCAAGUUUGGCGAGGAGUGCAGAUUCACUGUAACUGCUCUGCCAGAAUUUAACUACACAUACCUUUGGGAUUUUGGGGUACAUGAGUCUACACAUCUUCAAGGAGGAAAGGACAUGGCUUUUACUUACAAGAGUCCCGGACAAUAUCUAGUAACUGUUAUGGUCUUUAACAACAUAUCUUGUAGCAACAACUCCGUUUUAAUUGAGGUACAGCAACCUAUUGGCUUUUUGCAGAUAAAUCAUAAUGCCAACAUAGGUAACAACCUUGCCUUACACCAAGACUACACUUUCAUUGCAUCUUCAGACUCUACAAAUGCUGUCUACAUCUGGGACUUUGGAGAUGGGUCUCAACUCAAUGGGACAAGUGUUUCACAUGCUUACAAAUCUUCUGGCAAUUUCAACAUUAGUGUUACAGGCAAGAAUGAUGUGAGCGAGACUAAAAAUGAGAUUUCCGUAGUGGUCUUGGCACCCAUUCAAGGACUGUCAGUUAAUGCUAGUCUUGUCAAUGUUCCUCUUAACACUUUAGUCCACUUUGAGGCACACCUUGACCAAGGGGACAACGUUCAGUACUCUUGGAUUCUUUGCGACCGGUGCACGCCCAUCUUAGAAACUCACACCACGUUCUACACUUUUCGCUCCGUUGGGACUUUCAACAUCAUUGUGACUGCUGAGAAUGACAUUGGCAUGGCUCAGGCCAGUAUUUUCAUCUUUGUACAGCACGAGUUAGAGGGCUUGCAGAUAGUGGCUGAGGAGCUUAGCGAAGGAUGCUGUUUUCCAACCAAUCGAGUCCUUCACCUACAAGCCUCAUUGAAAGAGGGCACCAACAUGACCUUCAGCUGGAACCUACUGAGGGAAAAUGAGAACCAAGACCGCAACCUCACAGGCAAAACCAUAGACCUCAAUUUUUCCACCCCUGGUCCGUGUGAGGUGCUCCUCAGGGCGACCAACUUGCUUGGCCAGCUGUCAGUGAACAGAACUAUAGAGUUCCUGGACCCUGUGAGGGAGUUGGUCCUCGAGUCUUCUCCAAACCCUUCCGCUCUGAAUGGCAUAACAAACAUCACCAUAUUUGUACAUUUUGGGACUGAUCUACAUUUCAGAUGGUGGGCCGAUGGUGACCUAUUAACGUCUAAACUGCCCUCUGUCAUGCACCGUUUUAGAAGCGCAGGUUUGAAACAGGUUACAGUGGAAGUUUCCAACAAAGUCAGCUCGGAAACAGUCUCAAAGUGGAUCAGCAUUCAAGAAUCGAUCUCAGGAUUGACAUUUACCACCACAAAUGUAACCGAGCAAAAUUUUGUAACAUCAGGGUUCAAUGUUUCCUUGCGUGGAGAAACACAGACAGGAUCCAACAUUUCAUGGGUGUGGCUAUUGCCAGAUGGAACCAAAUCAAACCAGCGCGCCACCUCUUUUAUCUUCCCCAAACCUGGACUCUUCACUGUCACGUUGAACGCCACCAAUGACAUCAGUGGCAAAGUGCUGUCACGUGGCUUCACAGUACAAGACCGGAUCCAGGGUCUGGAGCUUAGGGCCAGUAAACAGAUCGCUGCAGUUGGAGAGAAUGUGGAGUUUACCAUCUCUGUCUCUUCUGGAACUUCUGUCAACUUUAUCCUGAGCAUCAGCGGUGAUGCAACUGUCAUACUUAACAAUCAAACAUACACCCACCAGUUCACCAGUGUUGCAAAGUACUAUGUCAACCUUACGGCCCACAACCAGGUGAGUUCAGAGCGGAAGACUCUGCACAUUGAAGUGAUGGAACCGGUCACCAAACUUAGCAUUCUGGACUGCUGUGAUGCAGCCGUACCCGUUGGAGUAACUCGGUCUUAUGUAGCGAGCACGCCGACACGUGAACCACUGACCUUCCUGUGGACUUUUGAUCUGCAUCACGGUGCCAAGACUACACUGGUUGGCAAAUCUGUGACAUACAAACCAGAUGAGCCAGGAAAUCUGACCAUAUUCCUGAGAGCUUUCAAUUCCCUGAAUGGUCUAAAUGUGACCAAGGUUAUACGAGUUCAGAACAGUAUCAAAUCGGCCAUCUUGAAUGCUCAGCCAAGCAACACCUUCAUAAACAAGACGGUCAGUUUCCAUGUGGGUAUCACUCCUGUUUCGACCCCUGCGACUUAUCAGUGGGACUUUGGGGAUGGUACCUCUGCCGCUAUCACAACCACACCUUCCCAGAACCAUAUCUACUUUAUCCCUGGUCACUAUGUGGUGCGAGUCAAUAUUAGUAACCUGGUCAGCUGGGUAACUGGACAAACCGAUGUCAACAUAUCUGUCCUAAAGUGUGACGAACCAGAAGUUCAGAUUAUUCAAGCUCCGCGACUCGCCAUCUGGCGUUACCAGCCAACCUUGGUUGAAGCCAACGUAAACUUGAAAGGUUGUGCCCUCUAUGGGGUCGAGUACCUUUGGGAGAUCCUCACAUCUCCUCGUUGUCAGGAUGAUGACAAGAAAGGUCUGCCACCUUCUAAGGUCCGUCUCCCAGCGGAAGUCAAUGUUCGGAGGCUCCAACUUUCAGUGCCCAAGAUGUCGAUUUCAUCUGGGAACUACACUCUAUUGUUUUCUCUGUCCUAUGAGGGAGUGCCACUCAGGAAGGCAGCCUGUCUGCAGCUCUCGGUUAUGUCCAAGAAGUUGGUGCCCAUUAUUGAGGGUGGAACCUACCGUGUGUGGUCAAAAACUCAAGAUCUACAUUUGAGUGCAGAGCAAUCCUAUGAUCCUAACCUGGACCCGGAGAACCAGUCCCUACUCCACUACCACUGGGAAUGUGUGAGCACCUCAAAGGGCGCAGCUCACUGCUCCACUCUGAAUUUCGGGCUGGGUCCAAGUGACCCGGUUCUGGGCAUCUCUGGGUCCGAGUUGGAGGUGAAUGUUGAGUACACCUUCCGUCUGACUGUAAGCAAAGAGGGCAUGACCCCUGAAUCCACAACGCAGACGGUGAGCGUUCAGAGCGGUCGGAUCCCGAUGGUGUCGCUCGAGUGUGUCUCGUGUAAAGCUCUGUCUCGUUUUGAGAUCAGUCAGAGCUCGUAUGUUUACCUGGCUGGCACCUGCAGUAACUGUCACAGCUCACACCGAGGGCGGUGGAUGGCGAUGAUCUCGAAUGAGACCCUGGUGUUGGAUCUGAACACCACCACCACGGGCAGUGACAGCAUGCACCUGGUACUGAGACAGGGCAUCCUCCGCGAUGGAGACUCCUACAUAUUCAGCCUCCAUGUGACGGAUGAUGGUAUGGACAGAGAGGGUGUGGCCUAUAUUGAGCUCCACCCUAAUCUUCCCCCAGCAGGGGGGGCAUGUUCUCUAUGGGCGGAUGGGGAGGGGCCUCAGGUGCGCACAUUGCUGAAUAGAGUGCACUUCAAUUGCUCAGGUUAUGCUGAUUUGGAUGAGACAGAGUCUCCUCUGUUGUACAGUCUGUUGGUGGUGCGUUGUUCAGAACUGUCCUGUGAGGAGUUCUGUGUGUAUAAAGGCACCAGUCCAGAACAUUCUGCCUUCCUGCCCCCCGGAUUCAGCUCGGCCCAUUACAGAGUGUCUGCUUUAGUCAUGGUGGAAGACCACCAGGGGGCGUCAGUCACUGCACUCAAAGUGCCGAUGGAGGUGGUUCUGCCACAGGUUCCUGAAGGGUUCAGCAGUCUUCCUCACUGGCUGAGUAAUCUCACCGACUCCACGCUCAGAGAGCUGCUCCGACAGGGAGACUCACAGAGAGUGAGGGAACUGUCUCUUGCUCUAAUCACUGUUCUUAACGAGUAUGAGCAGGGUGUGUCACGCAGGCGUGAGGAUGUGUCGAAGGCUGAGCGUCAGUAUAGAGUGAGCAUCAGAGGAAACAUCACACGAGCUCUGACAUCACUGGACUUGACCACCGUCAAUGACAUCCAGCAGACAUCAGCAGCCCUCGCGCAGUGCACGGCUGCGAGUCGAGAGUUUGUGUGUGAAGAGUGUCAGAACAGCACACUGGAUAAACUGGAGUCGAUGUUAGAGAUUCUUCAGACAGACACUAAACAGGGUACAGUCACCCCUACUGAGAUAGCAGACAACAUCCUCAAUAUCAUGGGUGACCUAAUCCAGCAGGUGAGUCAGCCCGCUUCCUCUCCACCUCCGGAGGCUGAUGACCACGGUGGUGUCUCCUCACAGUCUCCGUUUCUCUUUGAGGAGCAGCAGCAUCACCCGCUGAGGGUGGCCGCGAAAGCCUAUACCCUCUCGUCCGUACUCAUGAGAAUCCUCAUGCUCGCCCGCGUUCUCAACGAAGAGCCCCUGAUCCUCCGCGGGUCUGAGAUUGCUGCCGCCGGCAAACGUGCUGACCCGCAGAGCCUGCUCUGCUACGGUGAAAGUGACGCACCGGAGUGCCGUCGUUUUUCCAUUCCUCGAGCGUUUAACGCCAGUCUGGGACGGGCAGCAGAGGGCGUACUGGCACAAGGAGCCAACAGCGAGGAUGGAAUUGUACAAUUGCUGUUUCAAGUAGAGCCGAAUCCGUUUCCGUUCAAUUACGUUGCCAAUUACACCGUGUCUACGGAGGUGGCAUCCAUGGAGUUCCGAACCGUCAAUGGCACUCAGAUUCCGAUAACGGAUUUGGACGAGAGCCAAGCGAUAACGGUUGCCGUUAAUAACGUAAGCGUUGCUGGGCUGGACGCUAAUGCACUGGAGGCCAUUUUGCCGCCAGCGGGAGCCGAGAACAUCAGUCGCUGCAGUUCUGUUAUUGUGAGGGUGAGCACCAGGAAUGCCAACAGACAAGCUGGAAUCUACGUCCAACUCAACUUCAGUGUUAUUGAUGAUUCUCCAGAGAAGGUGCAACUGGAUCCAUGGAUCACAGCCUAUCUACACACCUCCGAAUGGCCCGAUGAAUUCAACAGCACUGACAGGAAACGCAUCACACUCAACAUGACACGGGGGCGGGACUUGGACCACAGACGCUACACAUUCUUUCUGUCUCCGAAUCUCUAUGACACCACACGCGAUCACUUCAUCAACGUGUCCACGAGCUGCAGUGCAGAUUACCCAAAUCUGAUCCGGUUAGAGGUGGCCGUGUUCACAUCUUUGUGCCAGUACUUCAGUGAGAGCGCCAAGCAGUGGCGGACGGACGGUAUGGUUCCUCUUCCGGAGACCAGGGUAGGUCGAGCCGUGUGUCGCACGCGUCAUCUCACCGCUUUCGCCGCCAGUCUGUUCGUGCCGCCUGACGCCGUCUCCUUCAUCAUUCCUGAACGCUCUGUGGGUCGUAGUUUAGUGGUGGUGUUGGUGUGUGUGAUUGGACUGUUGUGUUACGCCGUGGCCGGCGCUAUUCUGCGUAAGCUGGAUCAGAUGGACCUGAGACGGGCUUCAGUGGUUCCGCUGUGUGGGAAGGACGGACUGUACAAGUACGAGAUCCAGGUGAAGACCGGCUGGGGCUAUGGAGCAGGUACCACAGCCCAUGUUGGCAUCAGUCUCCAUGGCAGCGAGAGCCGCAGUGGACACAGGCACCUGGACAGCGUCGGAGCGUUCGUUCGCAACAGCCUGGACAUCUUCCACAUCGCCACGGAUACAAGUCUGGGCAGCGUGCUCAAGAUCCGUGUAUGGCAUGACAACAAAGGCCUCUCUCCUGCUUGGUUGGUCCAGUAUGUUCUAGUAAAGGACCUGCAGUCUGGCAGUAGUUAUUUCUUCCUGGUUGAGGAAUGGCUCUCAGUUGACAACGAGAAAACGGAUGGCAGAGUGGAAAUAGAAGUGGAAGCCUCAGAGGAGGCAGACCUGCGUCACUGGCCCCGCCUGCUGACCUGGGAGCUUCAGAGGGCAGUGUGUGAGAGCCACGUGUGGCUGUCGCUGUGGGAACGACCUCUGCGCAGUCCCUUCACACGGCUGCAGAGGUUAACCUGCUGCUCGGUGCUCAUGCAUCUAUGCAUGCUUGCCAACGCUGUGUGGUAUGGCACCGUUGCCUAUGGCAACAGCGGUACACCGGUGUCUACGCAAGUCUCAUUGAAUGAGGAGACUGUGUGGGCGGGGCUUGUGAGCUGUCUUUUGAUGUAUCCUGUCUACCUGCUCAUAUUCUGCCUGUUUAGACUGAGCCGCAGCAAGGUCUCUGUGGAGCAGCUUCCUCCUCAAGUGGACCAGGAGUCUUUGGAGAUUGAUGACUUCCUGGAUAACUCACUGACAGGAAGCUCUUUUCUGAUGUUGAAUGGUAUUCCUGGAGAGACGUAUUCAGAGGAGACCAACAUUGACCUGCCCACUCCUUCCACUAAGAGUCUUCAGAGGUGGAGUGUUCCGGACUGUGAUUGGCAGGAUGUGUUGACGGAUCCGUCUGUAGAGAUGGGACCGGUGUUUCCUCCGCGGCUGAAGAGAGGGCAGGGCAGCAGACAUCUGGGAGUGGACAUCACCUUCAAUCCAGACGAUGACGACACCAUGUGUGACAACAGCCACAGGAACAAAUAUUUCUCUUCUUCAGAUGAGGACCUCAUUAAGCGGAUUUUGGCUGAUGGACAGCUGCUGUCUCAGACUGACAGUGAUAUGGGUGAUCUCUCCAGUAUAUUUGGGGAUAAGACGGAGGUGAUUCUGCUACAGAAGAUGAAUGAACCGGUUCUUCCACCAGGAAUAAGACGAGACCCGCCCAAAACUGCCUUCACGUCUCGCACAGUGGUGACGGAUGUGUGCAGGCCAAGACCGUUUCCUCCUGUAUGUGGAUUGGCUGCACUGUGGGGCAGCUGGGUGGGGCUUAUCCUGACAAGCAGCCUAUCAAUGUGGUUGGGGCGGAGCUUCAGUGAGAGUGUGGCUCUGAUGUGGCUCAUCUCUUGCAUUGUCAGUUUCCUGUCUUCGUUCCUCAUCCUCGAACCUCUGAAGGUGUUGCUAGAGGGUGUGUAUUUCUCCCUGAUUGUGCGUCGUCUGAGAGCAGAAGAGCAGGACGUGUUGGUGGACUGUCCGCGUGUGGAGCGAGUCAUUCAGCGGAUCCCGAGAGUAAGACCGCCGCAGGGAUUCGCCCUGUCACAGGCCAGAGAAGAAGCACGCAAAGUUUGUCUGCUACACACCAUGUUGAAGGGUUUCCUGGUCUACAUGCUUUUCCUGCUGGUGGUUUUACUGCUUAACUACUCCAACUCGGCCAAAGACGCCCACCGCCUGCAACUGCACGCUCAACUGCAGAACUACUUCCACACACAGCGCUUCAACAACAUCAGCAGUCGUGAGGACGUGUGGACAUGGCUCUCAAACUCCCUGUUACCACGGUUACUGGAUGGGCGUGUCCUGAUGGAGAGGACAGGCAGUCUGCUGCUCGGACAGCCCCGCCUCAGACAGCUGAGAACACAACCAGAAUGCCCCAUCAGUGGAUAUUUUCCAUCAUCCUCGUGGUUCGGGUGUGUCUCUGGCGGGUGGGCGGAGUCAGACUCUGGAUUGGUGCAGAACUGGAGUGUCAGUACCGCUCACAGCAGCGGUGUGUGGCACUGGGGGCAGGUAUCAGUUUACAGCAGUGCUGGAUUUGUGCAGGAUCUCAGCAGAAAUAUGCAGGACUCCAGAACUCUGAUCAAACAACUCAACACACACCAGUGGCUCGACCCGCUGACGAGUGUUGUAUUCGUAGAGUUCUCCCUCUAUAACAUCAACACAGAUCUACUGGCUGUCUUCUCUUUCCUGCUGGAGUUUCCCGUGUCUGAACGAGCUCAGCUGAGUCUGGACCUCAAAACCUGCAGUCUGCACACGCUCCGGCAUGGACUGGACCUGCCCCUGUUCCUCACGCUCCUCCUGUUGGUGUUUGUGAUCUAUUUCGCGGUGCGUGAGGGUAUGGCCGCUCGGAAACAGGGGCGUGGCUACAUCCUGCGUUUGUGGAACAUAGCAAGUGUUUGCAGUCUGGUGUUGGCAAUUUGUGUCGCCUCUCUCCAUCUCAGUCGCUCAGUGCUCUCCGCCCACCAGUGGAAGUCCUUUCUAGAGCAACGGGACGCCUUCACAGACUUCUUUCCUCUGGCCCAACAGAGCCAGGUCUUGACCCAACUCAGUGCGACCCUCCUGUUCCUGCUGGUGCUCAAGGCUUCACAUCAGCUGCGCUUCAUGAGAGAAUGGGGUGUUUUUGGAAGAACAUUGAGGAGAUCUUUCCGGGAGCUGCUGACGGUCGCCGUCACUCUGCUUGUGUUCCUGUUGGCAUACUCGCACACUGGACACCUGCUUUUCCAUUCUGUCAUGGAGGGCUACGGAACAGUUAGCUCCACUUGUGUGACGUUACUAGGCUCUGGUGGGCGUGGACUGUUGUCUUGGCGACCGGAGAGUGGCUCCUCCCCCUGUUCUCCUUCAUGUUUUAUCUUUCACAUUAGCUUUACUCUGCUACGACUCAUUUUCAUGUGGCUUUUGAUCUCGGCGUUGCUGAGAAACUAUCGGCGGGCAAAAGCAGAACUGUACCGUCCCGCCGUUGACCUGCAGGACUACGAGAUGGUGGAGUUGUUCCUGCGACGACUCAAAAUGUGGAUGGGCCUCAGCCAUGCUAAAGAGUUCCGGCACAAGGUGCGAUUCGAAGGCAUGGAGCUCCCUCCCUCACGUUCAUCUUCAACUAGUGACUGCAAGUCCUUGUGUCUUCCUCCUCUGGACACGCCUGAGGCUCCUCCAUCUCCUGACAGUGUUGAUGGAGGUUCUGAGGCCUCCUGGCAGCCCACAUCCAGUAGUCCUUGCAGUCUGGCUGAAGCUCCAGGUCUAGGACUAGGCCUCCCCUUUGGCCUUGGAGUGGUAGUUGGAGGCCAAUGCUGGAAAGAGAGAGCAGAGAUGGAGGCAACUAUCUGCAGGAUCCUCCCAGCUUUUGAUGCUUUGCUGCUGCAGUUAGACCGAGUCACUCACGCCACAGAGGAACUGUAUCGCAGAGAGUGCCACAUAGAGAGGAUGCUGAGGAGGAGCAGAGGACAAGGAAGAGGGGCACGUCGCCAAAGAAGUCUGGACUCUGCACGACAGAAGAGACAUAGUAGGGCACACAAGGGGGCAGACAGGAGUACACAAGUGGUAGAAAGAAGCAAGAGUCCCCCAAAAACUGAAAUAAGUGCAUCGAAGUCAGAGAAACAUCUUCACAAGAAGGGCAGAAGAUCACAAAAAACAGACAAGUUCUUACAAACUAGUCUUCCCACAAGCCCCCACAAGGUAGAUUCAAGUCCUCACAGGACUGAUAUUUGUUUCCAGAUGGUACAAGAAAGCUCCAGUACCAUGGUGGCAGGUGGCAGCCAAACUGAAAAAGACCCUCACAAGGUACAAGAAAGCUGCAGGACCAUGAUGGCAAGUGUUAGCAAGACUGAAAAAGACCCUCUCAAGAUGGAUUCAGGCCCCCUCAAUGUAUGUCCACAAGAGGCAGACUCUAAUCCACACGGGGCCCACAAGGCUGACAAAGCUUUUCAUAAGGUAACCCCAGAUCCCAACAAGGUAGAUCCAAACAUUCGAAAGGAUUCCGAGAUUGUUGGCUGUGCCAGCAAAUCUGCGCCCAUUCUGGCUUCUACCCCCCAUCCCACUUCGACGUAUGCUCCUAUGACUGCCCCCUUAUCUACCACAACGACCCCAGCACCAAUCCCUCGCUCCCACGAGUGGGUGCCUCCCAGCGAGAACCUCCCUUCCAGCAUAUUUCUGCACCCUGCACACACUACAACCAAUCCCACCCGUAAACGCAAGCACAAACCUCCACCCCUGAAAAACAAGGUGCACCCUAAUAUAGACAGACCUAUGUCUGGACACUCCAAGCCUUGACAACCCAAGGUUAAAACAGUCAAUAUGCAAGUAAAAGGCAGAUGAUGCGAGUUUAAUGACUUGACAUAAGGGACUAAAGGGUUGUUGAAGCGCAUGGGUUAUGGCCAGUCAUGAAUAAAUGAAAGGAGGCCCUGGUGACAGCAGGUUUUGUAACGAGGCCCUCAAGUUUUAGCACUGCUUUGGUCUAAGCAGAAUCCAAAACCAAACAACACCCCCCCCAUAGCCUUAAAUUCCAACCUUUCAAUGUGGUAACACCUUAUUCGAAGUCUCAAAUUCAACACAUCUGUGAUGGGAACUAGGUGCAGGUCACCAUGACCAAUUAUUUUUUUUGGAUCCUCAAGAAGUUCAAUUUUAAUGCAAGUCGCCAUUUUCCCUUCCCUCCCGCCGUGACCUCAGUCCAACCCUUUGACCCUGGAGGUCAUAUGGGUUGAAAUGACAAGAGCACGUCUUGUGCUGUCUUACCAAAACGAACUCUGAAAAGAGCAUAAAGUGACAAUGAGAGACUACAAUAGAAAGCCUGUUGAUGCAGGACAGCUCGCGCUUGAUGGUAUUUUCAUAGUGUUUUGAGGUAUGUUUAAUUAAUUGUGUUCAUUGUUGUGUUUCUGAUGAAGGAAGCUAAUGUGAGGUCAUGGGUGCAUGUAUUGCCCAUCGAUUCAAAAAUAGGCAAAGCUUAUUCAGAGGGGCUCACAUACUGACAAAUUCACACACUACACACAGACAUAUGGGUACACAUUGCUUCCUUCCAUUACAUGUCACCAUUAUAACUGUAGAGCAAUGCUUAUAGGUACUUAUGCAUAAUUCAUGCUUCUUAAUAUAAUGGCAUGUUACUGAAAACAGAUGCAUAAAUACAUAUCAUAAAAUAUAUAGACCUCUAAAUCUGAGGCCAUGGUUCUCAGCAGGAAACCGAUGGAGUGUGUACUCCAGGUAGGGAAGGAGGUAUUGCCCCAAGUGAAGGAGUUCAAGUACCUCGGGGUCUUGUUCACGAGUGAGGGGACAAUGGAGUGGGAGGUUGGCCGGAGAAUCGGAGCAGCGCUCUUAUAGCACCGUUAUCACGAAAAGAGAGCUGAGCCGGAAGAGAAAGCUCUCGAUCUACCGGUCAGUUUUCGUUCCUACUCUCACCUAUGGUCAUGAAGGCUGGGUCAUGACAGAAAGAACUAUGUCGUGAGUACAAGUUGCCAAAAUUGGCUUCCUCAGAAGGGUGGUGGGCUUCUCCCUUAGAGAUAGGGUGAGGAGCUCAGUCAUCUGUGAGGAGCUCGGAAUAGAGCCGCUGCUCCAUUGCGUCGAAAGGAGUCAGUUGAGGUGGUUUGGGCAUCUGGUAAGGAUGCCCCCUUGCCGCCUCCCUAGGGAGGUGUUUCAGGCACGUCCAGCUGGGAGGAGGCCUCGGGGAAGACCCAGGAUGAGGUGGAGAGAUGCAUCUCCACACUGGCCUGGGAACGCCUCGGGGUCCCCCAGUCAGAGCUGGUUAAUGUGGCUCGGGAUAGGGAAGUUUGGGGACCCCUGCUGGAGCAGCUGCCUCCGCGACCCGACUUCGCAUAAGCGGUUGAAGAUGGACGGAUAUAGACUGUUAAGCUUUCCCCAACCACACUUAUAUACACACACACACACACACACUUAAAAAGAGGCCAUCAGGGUACUAACAAAAACCUAGUAAGCCUCGAUAUUUUACAUGUUUGUUGUUGCCUUCUACAUCGUUUUGAAUCUAAUUUAAAAAGCACUUUGUAUUGAUGUAUAUGAAUGAUUGUGAUGGCAUCAGAGCGCACGCAAUGUAGUUCGAAUGUGUUAUUGGAAAUGGUAAAUUUGCAAUAAUAAUACAAAAAAUAAGCUCGGUACAAAGAUUAGCCACAAGAGCAUUAAUCUCUGUAUAGAUUUGCCAAAGCUCGCUAUUCAAGUAUCAAGAGAUAACUUAAUAAAUUGGUUUCUUUUGUACUUAGCACUUUAUUUCAAUGUCAAGCUUUAGUGCUAUGCCAUAUUUAACUAGUAUGUAUGUUUCUAUCACAUAAAACAGCUUUCCAGAACGCCUCUUUGGUGUAUUAUACAUGAGCUGCAUCAGGAUAUUUCUAUCAGGAAGACUCGCAGACUUGAGUGAAAUUUAAGAUGACAUUUAUUUGAUGGAUAUAAAACAGAAAGGUAACGUCUCUCUUUGGCGUAAGCCCCGUCUGGCAGUCCGAAGUAGUACUCGGAACCGUCAUAUCCUGUCGGAGAUAGGAGGCGGGGGUGAGGAGCCUACCCCUGUGCAGGACGGGACUCAACAGGUGGUGGUGGGGUGGUGGAGGUUGCCUAGUUAGCAGACUUAUAAAGCUUGCAUGUGAUUGGCUGGGAGUUACCCCGCUAAUGGUGCGAUGAUCUACAGCUGCUAGUCUUCCCGCUAGAACCACGCUGCGCUUACAUUAAUUGCAUUAAUGAUCAUUUAUUUGUUUUUAUUGUGUGGUGUUUUAUAUUUUCUCUUUUGCAUUACUAAGAUUUAUUCACAGACAUGUUGUUUACCAUGAUGAUGCUCAGGGACCCUCUUUUUAAAAACCCCAAACCAGGAUUCUUGAUUUUUUUUGGGUUUGUGUAAGAUGUUUGUUUCAUUGGAUACAUGUAUGAAGUUCUCAGAAUGAAAUUAGAGUAGUCAAGAGUGAUUGGAUGUCCACUACAGGGGAAGACAGAGAUUGAAUCUGUCAAAGGCCACAUCCACUACAGUAACUUCCUUAUUCAGGACAUUCCCUAUGAAGUUUUGGAAGGUCAUGUUUAUCUGUACAUAUUGGUGUACCCUGAUGUAAAUAUUUUAUUAAGAGUUAUUUCAUUUGCCUUUACAGCACUGACCAGAAAUGUUGUUUUGUAAAGAAAUGGAGCACAGUUCAAGUGUUUCAAUUCUCCUCAUCAUUGGCCAAAGAAUACAAUCCACAAAUGUUAAAGUAGUGCUAAUUUGACCAUAUUCAACAGAACUGCACAACACAAGCGUUCAUCUUAAAAUGGUUAUUUGGGAGUUCUUUUGCCAGCUUUUUUUCUUCUUCUGAAAUGGUGCGUCAUUUUAGAAGGGGUAUGUUGGAUAAAAUCAAGUACAGCACAUGACAUAACACCAACUUGCAUGUUAUAAUGUCUUAAUAUCAUCUUCUUUGUGUUAACCGUUAUAGGUAAUGUGUUGAAUGCCUCAUUUUGUGCUGUUGUAUUUGUAACAUUGUAGCACUUUGCUUUACAUGCUUUUGCACUUGACAAAGUCAAAUAAAGAGUCUGACAGCUGAGAGU